GCGAAUUUUCCCUCUUACAUUAAGCACAUGGAAAUUUGCUUAGUAUUUCUCUUUACAGGACUUUUUCCAUUAGUUGCUCCCGAAAGCUGGGGUUUAUCUGAUUGUGUGGUAGAUGGAGACUUCAGAAUAAAAUUCAAUGGCCAAAGGCAGAGUGAAGUUUACCCUGACUGUGGUUAUGAAGAGGCCGCCAAAGUAGACGAGACUGCCCAGCCAGAGGAACCCACAGAAAUAGCAGGACUUUACAGGUAAGAUCCGAGACGCCUCCUUCCACACAGGAGGUAACUGAACCCCAGAAGGGACCCUGACAGACCUGCAGGGCUGGAGGCUGCGGUGGAGGUGGAGGUGGAGCCCGACCUGAUUCCACAGUCCGACGCUCACGCCAGGCUCCUGGGUAGCAGGACCCACAAAUCAGGAUGAAAGCCCGUCCCGAGGUGCAGCGUCUCCAGAAAUCCUGGAUUGAAGGAGUGUUUGACAAGCGAGAGUGUAACAAAAUCAUACCCAGCUCAAAAGACCCUCACAGAUGUACUGCUGGAUGCCAAGUCUGUCAGAAUUUAAUCAGGUGUUGCUGUGGGCGAUUAAUUGGAGACCACCAUGGGAUUGAUUAUACCUGGACCAUGUCAGCUGCCAGUGGUAAUGAGAAGGAAAAGUGGUCUGUGGAAAAGCACACAACGAGAAGCCCUACAGAUACCUUUGGCACGAUUAAUUUCCAAGACGGAGAGCACACCUACCACUCCAAGUAUAUUAGAACUUCUUAUGAUACAAAAGUGGAUCACCUGUUACAUCUGAUGUUGAAGGAGUGGAAAAUGGAGCUACCAAAGCUGGUGAUCUCCGUGCAUGGGGGCAUCCAGAACUUUAAGAUGCUCUCUAAGCUGAAAAAGAUCUUCAGUCAAGGUUUGGUCAAAGCUGCAGAGACCACAGGAGCCUGGAUAAUAACUGAAGGCAUCAACACUGGAGUCUCCAAGCAAGUAGGGGAUGCCCUGAAAGCCCAUUCCUCUCAGUCCCUGAGGAAAAUCUGGACGGUGGGAAUUCCUCCCUGGGGUGUCAUUGAGAACCAGCGAGACCUCAUUGGGAAAGAUGUGGUAUGUCUGUACCAGGCUCUGGGCAACCCCCUCAGCAAGUUCACUACUCUCAACAGCAUGCACUCGCACUUCAUCCUGGCCGAUGAUGGCACUGUGGGCAAGUAUGGAAAUGAAAUGAAGCUCAGGAGGAGCCUGGAGAAGUAUCUCUCUCUGCAGAAGAUACACAGCCGUUCACGACAAGGCGUUCCUGUGGUGGGACUGCUGGUGGAGGGUGGACCCAACGCCAUUCUGUCUGUGUGGGAGACUGUGAGAGACGGGGACCCCGUAGUAGUCUGCGAGGGCACCGGCAGGGCUGCCGACCUCCUGGCCUUCACCCAUAAACACCUGGCUGAUGAAGGGGUUCUCCGUCCUCAAGUGAAGGAGGAGCUCAUUCACGUGAUUCAGAACACUUUCAACUUUAGUCUGAAGCAGUCCAAACACCUUUUUAAGAUUUUAAUGGAGUGCAUGGUUCACAGGGACUCUAUUACCAUAUUUGAUGCUGAUUCAGAGGAGUCUCAAGACCUGGAUUUAGCAAUCCUAACAGCUCUGCUAAAAGGCACAAAUUUGUCAGCAUUAGAACAAUUAAAUCUGGCAAUGACUUGGGACAGAAUGGACAUUGCCAAGAAACAUAUCCUCAUUUAUGGACAACACUGGAAGCCUGGCUCCUUGGAACAAGCGAUGCUAGAUGCUUUAGUGAUGGAUCGUGUAGAUUUUGUGAAGCUCUUGAUAGAAUAUGGCGUGAACUUGCAUCGUUUUCUCACCAUUCCCCGGCUGGAAGAGCUCUAUAACACAAAACAAGGACCUACUAAUAUACUCUUGCACUAUCUUGUCCAAGAUGUAAAACAGCAUGCCAUUCUCUCAGCCCACAAAAUCACAUUGAUUGACAUUGGAUUGGUCAUAGAAUACCUCAUUGGUGGAGCUUAUCGCAGCAGCUAUACUAGAAAGAAUUUCAGAGCUGUCUACAACAACAUCUACAACAAACACAAGCGAGUAACCAGCAUUGCUCAAAGUCUUUCCCAGCACCCUCUUCACAGGAAAUGCUCCUCAGGAAACAGAGAUGAAUCUGCAGAAAGCACACUCCACUCCCAGUUCAUUAGAACUGCCCAGCCUUACAAAUUCAAGGAAAAAUCUGUAGCCCUGCAUAAAUCUAGGAAGAAGUCAAAAGAACAGAAUAUGUGUGAUGACCCUGAGUCGACUGGUUUUAUUUACCCUUACAAUGACCUGCUGGUUUGGGCUGUGCUGAUGAAGCGGCAGAAGAUGGCCCUGUUCUUUUGGCAGCAUGGUGAGGAGGCCACGGCCAAAGCAGUGAUUGCCUGCAUCCUCUACCGAGCCAUGGCCCGGGAUGCCAAGGAGAGCAAUAUGGUGGAUGAUGAUGCCUCAGAGGAGCUCAAAGGUUACUCAAGACAGUUUGGUCAGUUGGCCCUGGAUGUGCUGGAGAAGGCGUUCAAGCAGAAUGAGAGGAUGGCCAUGAAGCUGCUUACCUACGAGCUCAGGAACUGGAGCAACUCCACCUGCCUCAAGCUGGCUGUGUCUGGGGGCGUGCGACCCUUUGUUUCACACACCUGUACCCAGAUGCUGCUGACUGACAUGUGGAUGGGACGGCUGAAAAUGAGGAAAAACUCGUGGCUAAAGAUCAUCAUAAGUAUUCUUUUGCCACCUACCAUUUUGACAUUGGAGUUUAAAAGCAAAGCUGAGAUGUCACACGUCCCCCAAUCCCAGGACUUUCAGUUUACAUGGUACAGUGAUGACCAGAGUUCCAGCAAUACUAAAGAAAAUGCUUGUAUGAAAGAUCGUGAUUUGGAGAUGGGUCCUGAUGAGAAAUCAGAUGAAAGUGAGCACUUUGAUUUAAAGAGUGGGUUCCAGAGCCUACCAUGGACCAGAAAAGUUUAUGAAUUCUACAAUGCUCCAAUUGUCAAGUUUUGGUUUUAUACGAUGGCAUACCUGGCGUUCCUCAUGCUCUUCACUUACACUGUCUUGGUGGAGAUGCAGCCACAGCCCAGCCUGCAAGAGUGGCUCGUCAUCAUUUACAUCUUCACCAACGCCAUUGAGAAAGUCAGGGAGGUUUGUAUCUCAGAGCCUGGGAAGUUUACUCAAAAGGUGAAAGUAUGGAUCAGUGAGUACUGGAACCUAAUGGAAACUGUGGCUAUUGGCUUGUUCUCCAUUGGUUUUGGCCUUCGCUGGGGUGACCAUCCUUUCCACACGGCAGGAAGACUGAUAUAUUGCAUAGAUAUCAUAUUCUGGUUCUCACGGCUCCUGGACUUCUUUGCUGUGAAUCAGCAUGCAGGCCCGUAUGUGACUAUGAUCGCAAAAAUGACAGCGAACAUGUUCUACAUUGUGAUCAUCAUGGCCAUUGUCCUUCUGAGCUUUGGAGUCUCACGCAAGGCCAUCCUCUCGCCCAAGGAGCCUCCGUCUUGGAGCCUCGCUCGAGAUGUCGUGUUUGAGCCCUAUUGGAUGAUCUAUGGAGAGGUCUAUGCUCCAGACAUUGAUGUUUGUUCCAAACAGCCACACUGCCCUCCAGGUUCUUUUCUGACUCCGUUCCUCCAAGCUGUCUACCUCUUCAUACAAUUUAUCAUCAUGGUGAACCUGUUGAUUGCUUUCUUCAAGUAAGUUAUUUUGAUUUCUUAAGUUUCAUUCAUUAAUUUUGGAUCAAGGCAGAGAAAAAUUGAGAGGGGAAGAGGAACUAGAGCAACACACAUGUGUGUGUACACACACACCCUCUACACAUCUUCACUGCUUGUGAAGCUUG